AUGCACCCUCGCCUUCCGCCGUCCAAGGUGCAGACCCGGGUCGUUCAGAUCCGUGAGCACCAUCCUCGGUGCCGCGCUCUGACCUACUUGCAGCCAGCACAUGCGUCUGCGGAACCCGAGAGGUAUGCCUUGAUGGUAUACGAGCUUUCACAGCUCACUGUCUUCAUGCAGUCGCUGCGAAACAUCCAGCAACAACUGGUACGAUCCUUUGGUGAGGAAGCUGCGUGCAACAGUGGCAUCGUUGUGAAGUGUCCUGCCCGACGUCAUGAUGACCUUUCACGUUCGAAGACGGGCAUGGCCGUGGACACAGUUCCGCUCCCUGCCAAGCUCCAGACUGAGCGCCCGGCCUUACCUCUGUCUCAGCUGCGCACCGUCGAGGGCACGGAGGCCAUCGUACGCAGUGCUUUGAUGACUGGCCGAAUAUCCUCGGCGCUGAAUUUGUUCCAUGAGCUGAAGGAGACGGAUGCGGGUUCAGGCAAUGUUUUCGAGGAGUUCAGAGUGACGGCUGGCAGGCUGGCAUACCAGCUGGUUUGCAAUCAGCAGCUGGACUUCUUGUUUGUGGCUAUGCACAUGCUGCGCAACAUAGGAGAAAGUGUGAAUCGCUUUUUCAAGGCAGUGGCGUUUCACACCUCCAAACGCUUGGUUCGACGGCGUCUGUUGCGACAUGUUGGGCACAUGCGGAGACUCUCCAAAGAGGAGCAAGCACUCAUUUCACUCGUGAACCUUCUCGAAAGGCUCUACACAAACCCGUGCUACACGACAGAGUUCAACAGAAUGACGACCGGUUUAACUACUGGUCAGUAUCCGCAACGAGCUCACAGCGGGUCUGUACCUCCUUUCUGCUCAUGGCCAGCAGGUGGCCAACCAAUGCUGUUGGUGGGUCUUGUCUGCGAUGGUGCCAUUGGCGGCCACAUAGCUGCUCGUCGUCCGGAUGAGAAGAGUCUCGAGGCUGGACGGGAAGUUGGGCAGACGGGUCCGGCGGCAGUUCAGCACUGGGUGGACACGCGAGGUGGUGGACCACAGUACUUCGAGCAACAGACGAGUUUGCGGGAGUUGCCCAUGGCACAGCGCAUGCCCUUGGAGCUGUACGACAUGUGGUCUGGCUAUCAGACGCCUGCGAUGGCUGCAAUGCUGGAGAUGCCGCCUGAAGCUCGCAAGGGCUGGGCCAGCAUGCCUUGUGGCGAUGUCGAAGACUUAGAUGCAACACCCGUGCUGGGCCUUUCGAACUUUCACAAAGGAUCUAACUUAGCACAGGAUGUGCAUGGCGACGACAUUGCCGAUAUGCGUGAACAAGCAGACGAGGGCGCUGCAGGUGAUACGGAGAUGCUGAACAGCUUGGAGUCAGCUCCGCUUGCUCGGGCCAGCUGCCGCCUCUGUCGGUUGGAAGGGCCAAAGGAUGAGGACACCCCCUUCAGUGCUGAUCUGUCACACCCAGAAGGGUUCCUGGAGGCGCUGGGAUUGGAUGAGAAUGGCCCGAAGAGUCACACCAUGGGCUAUCUGCAUGUGACUCUGGCUUGGAUGCGACAGUGGAGCUGGGAGACACGGGCACGGAUCGUGAUGGAGAAGACACACUUCUGGCCCCGUUUGGUGGAGCCGCUGCCAUGGUUGCAACCACCCGCAGAAGCCGGGCCACCGGCCAAAGCGUGGCAGCACUGCUGGUUGGACUUCCUCGUCGCUCACCAGGAUUGGCGAGGCCUUGCAGCAUGGGUACGCUCACUUCCCUUCUCCGCCACUGACUACGUGGAUGCACACGGCAAGAGCUGCGUGGACUUGAAGAACCUAGAGCAGCGUGGCCUCCGCUUCUGCACCUCUUAUUCUCGAGAGGUGCUGCUGCAGCAGUUGGGCCGCCGGGGCAUUUUCUGUAGCGGUGAUACUCAGGACUUCCAUGCGCUUUUGUGCCGUCUUACCCUCUGUGGCAAGCUUUUUGGCGAUGGAAUGACAGUGGAGUCACCACAUGGAAGUGAAGUGACGCUGGCUUCCAAGCUACCGGGCUCCGAAAGCGACGAGGGAUCCCUGCCCUUGGACCGCUUGCUGCCGGUGGGAACAGUCAGUCCGUUUCAUUGCUUCUUCAUCAACUACUGCAUCGACAACGACCUGCCUGCGCUUCUCCUGCUGUACCUUCAGCGAUACAACUUGGCGACCACCAUGAGCACCCUGAAGGAGCUCCAGAUUCAGCAGUCGCAGAGGUCUUGGGCCCCGUUGCUCCUUGUCGGCCGCCUUGGCAAUCCUCAUCUCUUUGCCGCAUCUUUGCAUCAUGCUGCCUCGGUUUGUCCGGCCUCUGAUGCGACUUCCGCUUCUUUGCUCCGGGAAGAUGCCGAGGGUGUGCCGUUUAUGCCCCUUGCUGCUUUGGCAGACUCCAGGCCGAUCGCCUUCCUGGCAACUCUGAUGUUUGCGCCCGUCUCAUGUGCGCUCGAGCUCCUCACGCUGGACAAGGACUGUCCAUGGGCUGUGAGCAACAAAACGCUUCAGAAGGCCGUGGCGUCGUACCCGGCUCUCAGGGAAGCUUUCCUCUCGAAUCGCAUCGAGGACGAAGCCAUGGAUGACUCAGCAGAGCGAGCCACAUAUGGCAGAGGCCUGGUGGAGGCCGUCGCCGAGGCGUGUGCGUGCCAAGGCAAGAUGGAAAGUCGGAUCAUGCCGGAGGACAUCCUGGCCCAAAAUGAGAUGGAAGGCACCACUGGAGACAGGCAGAAGAACAUGACGGUCGAAGAGAUGGCAACAUUCAAGGGUGAUAUAACGUUGUCCACGCUGCUCAGUGACGUCGCUUCGUUUGAUGUCGUGCAAGUCCUUGAUCGCCUUUGCAUAUUCGAAGCUCCACAGGAGUGCCAGGUCUUGAACCUGGCGCAGUUAGCCGGUGCAGACGAGCAUUUUCCGGAUGAGCUGGAAGAGAGUUAUUAUUUGUCGCAAGGAAGAGCCAUGAUGGCGUAUCAUGUCCUGAUGACAAAGUGCAAGCGUGACCUGAAGGCUGGAGAAGAACUCCGAUUCCCACUCUCACUGGCUGCAGAGGAUGCUCGUCGUCUUCGCAAAGCAGCAAAAUCCGUGGCCUUGCACAAUCUGCUGAAUGAAGGCGUCGUCUCCAGUGCGGUUUGUCUGUUGGAGCUUUGCGGGUUGGAGACGGAGAAGCUGCGAGUGGAUGUGGAAGCGGCGAAAAGAAUUUAUUCUCAUACCGUGCAUCAGAGCCAUAACCGUGAAGACCGCGAGCGAGCUGCAGCUGCAAGUGUGAUUCAGUUGUUCAUGUCCUUCCCGGACACGGAAGAUGCAUCGGCCAGUGCUGCGGCUGAGGCGGCAAUCAGCUCACCCCACUUGCUGAAUGCUUUGCGAAUGCUGGAAGAAUCCACUUGGGCCCUAGAUCCUCAUCCAUCGGCUCCAACAGCGUCCUCUAUCCAGGCUUUAGGUUAUGAUUUGCCUUGGCAUCUCGUUGCUUUGUUCUGCCGUGUGCACUCUCUGCCGCGGUCACUCACCCUACUGCAUGAACUUGCCCGCAACAACGAUUGGGUGAUGUUCCUGUACGAGAGCGACUUGCAGCAGUGCCCUGCGGAGACCGUGCUCGACAUCGUGGGCGGGUACUUCACCGAGGUUCCUCUUCAGAACCACCUGCAGAUACUUGCCAACUCCAUCGCUGCACAGGAACAGGGUCAACCGGGUCAACCGGGUCAACCGGGUCAGCAAGAGGACGGCCAGCCCGGCCAAGGCAGACGUGAACGAGGUCCUCGGAGCAGAGCCAAAGAGGACCCGGCCGCCCCGGCAGAUGCCAUAGGCUUCUUGGAAAGAAGCCGCUUCUCUGGAAGCUCCAUGAGUUUGGGGCUCUUGGGCCACGCACUCCUCCACAGGAAGGCAAGGCUCGCGGUGGUGGCUUCGGCCUUCGGGGACGUUACCUACUUGCAGUGCAUGGCGGUAUGGCUCACUGUGAAUGCGGAGCGGCUUCGGGAGAGCCAAGUGUCAGAUGUUGUGGGACCCUUGCCAUCACCAGCAGCAAGUCCCGGUGAGGUUGCAGCACAGAUUGCGAACCUCUGUCGACAACGUCAUGCCUUUUCGCUGGUCCUUCGAGCACUCAAGAUCUUCGAUCCGGACAACCCGCUCAUUGAUUUUGUCUGCUUUUAUCGUGCAUUUGUGCAGUGUCGCUUCAAGAGCUGCCGGGAGCAUUUGCGCCGAUUCGUUGGACGUCGUCAGGAAUCGGGCACGUCCUACGCCCUGGACUUCUCGCCGCAUGUGGAACGCCUCAGCGAAGACAUGGUAUGGUACCUGCUCGACGGCUUCCCAAGGUCUCGCAUGAUGCUGCUGUCAGUGCUUGAUGAAGCUGGCUUUUCUCCGCGCUUCUCGUUGCUGUUCAGUGCCUACAGGCUGAUCCAACAGACAGGUUUGGACGUGGAUUUCCGAGUGCCGAGUACGGAGCUAUUACAGCUGCUCAUCUCGAAGAAGAUGUUCUCCGAAGCUCGGGAAUGGGCCCGGCAGAGUGGCGUGGCCGGAGACACCGUCGUUUUUGAAGAAGUGACAGGCAUGAUCGUUGAGUUCAGACAGGGGGCCUGGUGGAAUGUGCUGACUGAAAGAGUCCAACUUUGGCACAAGUGCUUCAGCGCGUUCAUGCGCCAAAGUCCUCCGAUGGGGUCCGCCAACUUCUUCCUGGAUAUUACCGCCAAGCUGGAGCCGGAUCUCUUCGCUCGAGAGCAGUUGGUGCUUCUGUCGAUUGCCCGAGAGCUUCUUCUAGUUCAGCCAGUGGCGCAGGCUGCUACCUCGCAGGAGGAUCACCUCGAGCAGUUGAAGGUGAGCCUCCUGCUCAUUCUGACGGGCACAGCACCAGACUUGACGCCGGAUCUGGAGCUGUCCCCGCUGGACUUGUCCUACAAGACCAUGUGCACGUUGGUCCAUCGGAUCCCAGACCAAGUCAAUGCUCUACCGUUGUUUCAGGGGAUGGAGGGUGCCCUGAUGACGAGCACCAGGGCCAAUGCCUUCGGACCUUCGGCCAAGGAGGCUCAGGGAGGCUCAGUCCUAGAUGCGCAGCAGAAAGGGCCGCGUGGCGAGUUAAUCCCCUUCCUGGAGACUGGGAUCAGUUCGCUCAUCAAUCGCGAUGAGCUGGUGUUGGCCGACCAACUCGCCUCAGGCUUUGGCUUCGAAAGCUCGGAUCAAAAGCUGGCUACGGCUUUGUCUUCAAUCGCUGGUGGCAAGCACCUCGAGGCUGUGCAAUGGCUCAAAUCGGAGCAGUCGCCGCUGGAGCCCAGUGACUCAGCCCUGACAGCUGCGGAGCAGGGCGAUGCCGAACCACUGUUGAGCGAGUUGGGAUCGCACUGUUCAGACAGGAUUGCUCUGUACUGCCGUCGUUGCAGAGUCUUCUAUUCUGUGUCGAGAAACAUUGGGAUGGACUACCAAGAGGUGGAGAAGGUGGAGCCCACCAAACUAAUGUCUUUGCUUCUGGGUCCACAGCCCUACUGCGCCGACAUCGAGCUCUGCAGAAACCUCAUCAUGGGCUUCCCGAAGCUGGAUGCAGUUGCCGUGGCCGAGGUGCUCGUGGACUCAUUUAUCGAGUCCAUGCUCUCACAGGGCGUCAUGCGAUGGGCCGAAGAGAAGCUGGAUGAAUUCGUGUCACUGCUGAGCCCUUCACAGGAGCUGUUGGGCAAUGCAGCUCUCAGACGAAUCCCAAGCUUCAGGAAGCUGGUGAAGUCCGAGGGCUCCGAUGGCUCCGUGCCCAGUCAAGUCCUAGAUCCGGAGACAGAGGUUGAGGUGUUGAUCAUGGCUUAUCACUCCUACGUUCAGGCUUGCUGUGAGCGCUCCGUCAGCGAGCUGCUGCGGCUUCUUCAGGAUAGAACAGGCUUCUAUGUGGCUCGGGGACACUUUCAUCUGCUUGUUCGCCUGCUGGUAGCGAUUCCGGAGUACCAUGCCAUGGAGUAUGUGUUUGGGCAUUUGGUUCGCCAUGGCGAGCUUCACACGCUUCUAGCUGAAGGAAGACGAAGAGGGCAGGAUUCGGCUAAGUGCGGGCACUCUGCUCUGGCCGUGGCCCUGAUCAGGUAUUUGCAAGUGAAUUUCCCUCUCGACUUGGAAAUGCUUGUCCAGGUGCACUGCUGCUUCGGCUUAGAAGCAGAGCUUGCGGAACUGCUGGAAACGAAGGCUGGUCAGGUCGCUCAGCGUCUAGGCAGAAAGUGGACGGACAUCUGCUCUGAGGAGGGUGAAGAACAGCUUCUGCUUUGCCUUUCGAUGUACCUUCAGUGUGCCCGCCUGUUUCUGAAGGGGAAGCGCUACCAGCGCCAUUUGGUCGCCAAUGAGCUCGCCGCUCUCAUCUGCUUGCAGCUGAAGGCGGUGCAAAUCCACUUGGCCGCUUCUUUGCACGAGCAAAAUGCUGCAACAGCUGGUCAGGAAAUCUUCGACUGGGCAGCAGUUCCCGCUGACGGCCCCGAGUCCUUAGCGAAUGCCUUGGUUGAUGCAACAGGACGGCACAAGGGCUGGGGCGAGCACCCGGCCGACGGGAUGGCAUCCGAGACUGGACCUGGCUCAGCCAACGAGGAUCUCCGCAUGGACAAGGACAACAGCAAAUGGCCAGUGCACACUCAGGCCCCAGGCAAGGGCUUCCUAAAGACACGUCUGCCGAGCCAAGAGCAAUCGCUGCAAGCUUCGCCGGUGUCAUUGGGUCCGGCUGGUGACGUCUUCGUGGUCAUCAACUUGAUUCCCACAGAGGUCGAGGUCUUUGCUGAGUACCAUCAAGACUUUAUAGCCGCACUUGAAGUUGUCAGCGCAUACCGCCACUCGCAUGGCGAUGCCUUGUUCAAGGUGUGGCCCAGAGCUUUGUACAGACAGGUUGUGUUGCUUGGGAACCGCUUGUACCUGCAGCUGUUCCUGCAGCACUUGCCCCUGACGAAGGAGUGGUUGCAAGCCAUCGUGCAGCUCUACCUGGAUGAGCCUUGCCCUGAGCAGUUCUCUGCUCGGAUGCUGAGAAUGAAGCAGUUCCUCCGAGAGGGUGUCACGAACCUGGAGACUAGGCACCAGCUGGCUCGCCAGCUGGGAGCAGGGUUUACCGACGUUGCCAUCGAAACAGCAUCGCUCGUCUACAUGGCAUAG